AGAAAGAAAAUAAUAAACAGGAUUCUUGUUCGGCUUGAUUUCUUUUAAGAAUUUUUAUAGACUGCUGCAUUAAUUACUACUAUCGUUUCAAUAGAAUUGCAAAGCCAAUCAUGAUGGCUGAAAUCAAUGCUACCCAAUUAGCACGGAGAAAAUACCUCAACAUGGCUGUAUCGUCAGAAUUGCUAGAACAUGAAUUUGAAAGUGCCGACAGGGAUUGUGUCGAAACGCUUACGGAAAUGGUGCAAAGUUUUAUCGUAGAACUAGGUCAGUCUGCUCGAAAUUAUUGUGAGCUAGCCGGACGUACUCAACCUGUUAUAGGAGAUGUUGUUAUAGCGCUCAUCAACAUGGGAAUUCCUGUAAAAGGUCUGGAAUCAUAUGCCAAGCGAGAAGGACGACAAAUAUUACCCCUGCCGCAACAGGCACAGACUCAGAAGCAGCUUAGCAUUCUCCAGGCUGGUCAAAAGAAUUCGCACCCGUCACACAUUCCCAAUUAUUUACCGGCUCUGCCAGAUCCACAUGCAUACAUACGAACACCGACAUAUAAACAACCCGUAACCGAGUACGAAGCUAUUCGUGAAAAAGCAGCUUCCCAAAAGCGGGACGUCGAGAAAGCACUCACUCGAUUUCUAGCUAAAACAAGCGAUGUUCACAGUCUGUUUGAUAAUGAGGAUAACCCAAUGUUUCCACUAAUUGCCUGCAAACCAUCAUUUCCACCAUACCUACAGGCGUUGAAUCCAACAGAUCAGAUAUUCGACUUCGAAGAGCUGGAGUAUUAUUAUCAGGUGGCAAACCGGAAGGAAGAUCCAGCUGAUGCCAAGGAUGCUGACGACGAUGACGAAGACGGCGACGAUGUUGAAGAUAAGAAAGAAGACAAAGAUGAUGAAAAGGAUGUAGAAUCUGGCCGGGGAGAUUCGAACAAUGGAAGUGCUAGCGUUAAAGCGUGCGGGGAAGCUAAAAUGGGCCCUCCAACGGUGACGGUUUCCACAGCAAGCGGUAACAUAACAACGGCUCAGAUCAAUUUAACUAACAAUAGUCCUACGAUCGACAAUCCAUAUUUGCGAGCGGCCACCAUUCCCAGGAAGGUGAAGAGCGAAACUGGAACGGGGAUGUUUUAAGAGAGUAACGACUGGUUAAACUUAACAUAACGACAUUCAAAGCCGUUUCUGUUUAAUCGAAAAUUUUAGUUGUCAUGUUGAAUGUUUCGAUCAGUCAGACAGUCAUGUUUAUGAUUUGUACUAAAGAAAACAGAUUUUAGGAUUUUG